GACAAUUGUUCUUAGAAAAGUUUUUCUCCUGAAAGCAUGGCCAAAUAUAAGCCCUGGCAGGUUGGUUGCUGUCUCUGUAUCGGUUUAUUGGGUGCUAUAAUUUCCAUUUGUCUCUGCAUAGUCUUCGAUGUAUUUAUCGACCGAGGAUGCUCCGAGGACACCUUCAAGAACGCGGCGGUUUCUACGGACUCUCAACUUUGCUCAGACAUUGGCAGAGACAUACUGCUACAAGGAGGGUCGGCAGUAGAUGGCGCCAUUGCAGCUCUGUUGUGCACCUCACUGGUCAAUCCUCAGAGCAUGGGCCUGGGAGGAGGCUCUAUAUUCACUGUUAGGGACGAAAUUGGUAAGGUGAAAACCUUCAGUUCGAGAGAGACUGUCCCACAGUUAUUCAAAGCUGACCUGCUGAAGGGCUGUCCCACAUCUUUCACAUUUAUCACAGGUAGUCAAUGGAUUGGCGUUCCUGGAGAGUUGCGUGGGUAUGAGGUGGUUCACAGACAGUAUGGGAAGCUGCCCUGGGCCAAGCUGUUUGAGCCCACCAUUAGACUGGCCAGAGAGGGAUUCCCUCUGCCGCCCUACCUGGGACGCCUCCUUAACAUCCCAAUCAUAGAAAACCGGGUGAAAGCAACAUCACUCUGUGAGGUGUUCUGCAACAAGAACAAAACGGUGCUGGGCAUGGGGGACACAUUGAAGUUCCCUAAGCUGGCGGAAACCAUGGAAACCAUUGCAGAACAAGGAGCGGAUGCCUUUUACAAUGGCCAAAUUGGACUUGACUUGAUCCAAGAUGUAAAAGCAGCAGGUGGGACUCUAACCAUGGAGGAUCUGAAGUCAUUCCGAGUCAGAGUGGAAGAUGCCUGGACUGUUCCUCUGGGAGAUUACCAGAUGCACAUCCCUCCACCUCCAGCAGGGGGAGCCAUGCUUGCCUUUAUUCUCAACAUCAUUAAAGGGUUCCAUUUCACCUCCAGGUCCAUGGAGGGGGACCAGAAAGUCCUGACCUAUCACCGCUACAUAGAGGCAGCUAAAUUUGCUAACGGACAGAGGAGACGCGUCCGCGAUCCUGUCUUCAACACUAAAAAAGAUGCAUCGUAUAUGGUGGACUCAGAUUUUGCUGAUCGGAUCAGGGUAAUGAUCAGUAAAAACCGUACAUAUAACGACUCCUACUACAACAUCACACCUUCCCCUGACCGCUUUGGGACCACACACGUGUCAGUCCUGGCUGAAGAUGGAUCUGCAGUCUCUGUCACAAGCACCAUCAACCAAAUUUUUGGUGCAGCAAUUUACUCUCCUAGAACAGGCAUCAUCCUUAACAACGAGCUGGCUGACUUCUGUUUUAGAGCAGAGGGAGUCAGUGCAGGUGAACAACCUCCCUCUUCAAUGGCUCCAGCUAUACUGAGCUCCAGCUCUGGGAAAAAUACCCUUGUAAUUGGGGGAUCAGGGGGCAGCAUGAUCACCACCGCCAUGGCCCUGUCAAUCAUGAACCACCUUUGGUUGGGGAUGAGUUUGAAAGAUGCCAUUGCUGCUCCUGUAGUGUUUGUCGACGGCAACAACAACGUGACGUUUGAGCCUGGCUUUGAUAAGUCUGUGAUAGAGGCCCUUAAGGUAAUUGGACACAGAGUGAUGGACUACCCAUACUUCUUUAAUGUGGUCAAUGCUGUGGCCAAGGAGGACAGAUGUAUCACAGCCGUGUCAGACGGCAGGAAGCAGGGCAAAGCUGCUGGCUACUGACCAAUAGAAAACCAGGACACUAAGAGGUUACCAAGACCAGGUAUGCCCUUACUCAGGUCUACAGACAAAUAGUAGGCCUCAGGUCACUGCAGUGGGUCCAAGGGGAUCAUCAUCAUUUUAGUGAGAUUUAUUUUUAUAGUUAUCUUUAUAUAUUAACUAUUUUUCUAAACCAACAGUCCAUGAGCCUUAAGAAGAAUCAAAUGUGCCUCUUGACAAAAGAGUUUGGGCUUUUUUGGGGCCUCUGACUUUGGCACUCAAAUGGAUGGAGUUUCAAAUUUAACCAAGUACAUACAGUACAUGUUUGUUCUUGAGGACGCAUACAGUACACAUACAAUAUAGCACAAGUGAGGUCCUGAAGGAACUGACAUGGGAACAGAAGGUUAGUACAGCCUGUCAGCCUGUGGUAACAUGGGGCUCAUGCUGUGACCACAAGAACCUGUCAGAUUCAUGCAGAACAUGUAACAACACAAUCCUCCGAGUUAAUUUAUUAGUCGUUCUGUGGAGUGUAGUAGCAAUACUCUGACUCACACAUUAAUUAAGAUAAAACAGGCUUUUUGCAGCCCCCUUCACAGUACAUUGUAAUAGAAUCAACAUCUGAAAUAGCAAGUAAAUUGGUUAGAGGGUCUGAAUGAAUACUGGUGAGAUAGUGAUAGUGUGCAAUCUUACAAAUGCUAUAAUGACCCAUAUGACCAAAAUGUGAAAAGUAAUGUACACUGAUGUCGAUGCAGUGAGAGUAUUGUGUUAGCUUUUUAUGUAUUUAAUUGACCUCACCAGGGCCUGUUGUCACAAAUGUACAGAUUUAUAUUGGUCCCCCUCCAGGUCUAUUAAAACUUCAACCUGUGUUAACUUUCA